AUGUCUCAAGAAGAGUUAGACGAUUAUUAAAAUAGAUCUCAAAUAGAAACUAUUGAGGUUCAAAGGCGUCUCUUGGCGAAGACAAAGACUGAUAAGACUAACGCUCUUCUCAAGAAAAACACCUUUGAUACCGUUGGCUCUAAUGGUAUUUUCGGAGCAAGUCCUUCAAUAGUUAAGUUUGCAGGUUUUGAAAUACUCAAAACUCACACCUUGAAAGUCAGAUUAAUCAAUAACUCACCUGCUCCACAAAGACUGCAUAUUUUGCCUCCAUAAACCCAAUAUUUCAAGAUAAAAUACAACAAAAAAGGUAUGGUGCCAGCUGGAAUCGCAGAAGAGAUAUAUGUUUAAUUUACCCCAAAUGAUGAAUACAAAUACUACUAUGACUGCAUUAGGAUUCAUUGUGAUGGAGAUAAGAUCCUCAUUCCUAUUCAUGCGUUCCCAGUAAUCAACAGCAAAAAGGAUGAAAUAUUCCCAAAUUUUAUUGAAAUGGGAAAGCAUCUGAAGAUAGGAGAGACAUAUACCCAGACAAUUAAUAUUGAAAGUAACUGUCCAGUCAAUUUUGAGUACGACAUUGAAGUAUUAAAGGCUCAUCCAGAUAUCAUGAUAUUUCAAUUUACACCUUCGACUUUCACAACUGCUGAGGCAGAAAUUUCUUUCAGAACUACUGAGUUUGAUUCUUAGUCUAAGAUCUGUAGAAUAGUUGGAAAUGCUCUUCCUUAAAAAACUCCAUAAAAACCUGCAUUUGAAGUUGGCUAAACUUAAUAAAUUGAGACUGGAUCAGCUAAAAAGGAAAAUUAAGAUGACUAUUCAGUAAAAAAGACAAAGUCAAGAACUUUACUGACUGGGAAGAGAGAAAAUAGACCCUCAUCUAGAGCGGGAAUUAAACUUGAUAAGCUACCUGAAAAGACCAAAGAGUAAUCGAUGUCCACUCUACCAAAGAAUGUAACAUCUUAGUUAGGUACAUAAAAAUUAUUGGGCAGUGAGUAAAGCAUGCCAACAUUAAAGAAUAUAAAAUUAUCUAAGGAGGAAUAAGAUUUUACUAAGGAUUACAGAAGAUUAGAAGACCUUGAAAGAGAAAAAGGAAUUAAGUUUUUCUAGUGUAUUGGAGACCCUCCAAUUACAGACAAAAGAAGCAAAAGCAUUAAAGAUAAAAGAUCUUAAUUUAUUGACGAUAAGAAGUAUAAUAUGAGAGAAAGAGAUAUCAAAAGAUAUCAACCAACAAUCGAUGAGGAUAGAGUCGUAGUUGACACAAAUGUUGACAUUACAGAAAAACCAAAGUGGGAUGCUUUUGAAAACAAUCAUUUUGCUAUGAGAAGAAGAUUAGUUUUUAUUUUCCUGAAGAAUUGCAAUAAAUUAAUCACAAGAAUGAGAGCUGAGAAGAGACUCGUUAAAAUUAGAGUUAAACUACAGGAAGCAGGAGUUAAAAAUAGAGAGGAUGCUAAAAAAAUGGUAGCUUAAGAUUGGAAAAGUGCUUUAAAUCUUAGAAUGACUGACGGGGAGAAUGAAGACAAUAUAUAGAAUAUCAAAUUCACAUUCAACUUUAAUACAGAAAGUAUUUAGCUUGCAUAGAAAAAACUUCCAGUUGAAUAUGAAACAAAUAUAUCCUCAUUUAUGGAAAAAGUAGAAGCAAAUCCUCCCAUCUCUUUUGAUGACUUAGUCCCUUAUGAAACUCUAGAAUAACAAGAGUUUGAGAUUUAGAAAUAUCAAAAGUUUCCUUAGGCCUAGAUGUCCUAAUUUGAUCCAGUUGAAGCUGAUAAGAUUCACAGACCUGGAUGCGAGUAUGAAAGUUUGAUUAGAUCAAGAAGAGGUGAGCCAGAGCUUGAAAAAAUUCAAGCUCAAGCAUUUGAUUAGCAAAAAUUGCUUAAAAAACCUUAUAAGGAUAUUGCCUCUGGGGCAAUAGUAAACAUGCCAUCAACAUUCUAAAAACCAUUUGAUUAUUCAAUAGACUUGAUUGUUAAAUCUCAUCCCACCUUAAGAGAAUACGUAGGACAAAGAAGAUAGACUGAGAUAGAUCAAGAUUAUCAUUUGAACAGCUAUUUCAGAUAGAGAUAAGACCCAAGAGAUGAGAUAAUGCUAAGAAAUAAUAUCGGUGGAGGUGGAUUUAACAUCAUGAGCAUGAACAAGUCCCUAGGUGGUUCCUUUGUAAAAACUUGCGAUGUAGAGACUCAAUAUAUACCUGGGAAUUUUGGUGUGAGAGUAAUUGAAUAGAUGCCCACAAAUUUAUCAGAUGUCUGGAGAGAAAGAAAGACAACUUAACUAGGGUUAACUCUAUUUGAAGAGCAUGUUUAAAUGCCAUAUCCAUUGGGAGCCUCAUAGGAUGUAGAUUAUCCAACUGAUGAAGAUAGCGAUAGCGAGACUAAAGGCUUUGCAAUGAAGAUUCCAGAGUUAAGUGAACUUCUUAACGAGUUUGAGAAAGAUGAUGAAACUAUAGCGAAAUAAAAAGAUGCAGCUACAAAGGCAAAAACUGAUGCUAAAACAACUGGUAUCGACCUUGAAUUAAGGCAUGAUAUCAAGGAUCUUAAGAGAGAUAAAAUAUCCUUGCUUGAAUCUAAUAUAUCAGUUCAAAUGGAAGAAUAGAACUCAAGAGUAAUAGGAAUGCUCGAGGAUGUCAACGAGACAAUUAAAGAUCCCAAGAAUAAGAUCUACCUAAGAUGA